AUGGAGAAGGAUAAGAUCGAUCGUUACCUCACGGCGAUGCGGAGAAUACCCCGUACCCUUCUCUUUAACCCAACCAUUUCCAAACAAUGGACAAACACUCGGGAUGAAGAAGUAGUUGUUCCGGGUCCGUUGGUGUGGUUUUGGUUCUGA